AUGGCGUUCGUUUGCGACCGAAGCGGAGACAUUUUCUGUGAGAUGUUCAACGCCAUCUCAUCGCUGAAGUCGUAUAACGACGGCAGUUUCGCGCGGAGUUACGGUCAGAAAUUAGUUGGCGACCUCCAGACGAUCGCCGAGUGCGGUAAGAACGAUCUGGAGGAGGCAAGGCUGGAAUGGCAGGAAAAAUUCCGCUCGUUUGACGUCAACUGCGAGUACAUCACCAGCGACGACGACAACUACUGGUGGCUGAACGACAUGCUCGACAUGUGUCGCCACCGAUUGUGCAUGUGCCUGCAGAAUUGGAACAAUGUGCUGACUGACUUUCUCUCCUCGUCCAAGAAAAAGAACUCCGAAAACGACAAGGUAGCUAUCACUGCUGACGACUGCAUCGAAACGAGCACAGCUUCUUUGUCAGCAGAGCGGAAUUCUGAUAAGUACGAAUCUUGUUUUCUCGAAAAGUCGGUAUGCGAUUUGUCCUGCAGGUCGUAUAUUUGGCAGUGGUAUCGGGCAAAGAUCGGAUCACACUUGGAGUUCGGGGAGUCGAAACGGCCUGCCUAG